AUGUCAGACAAAAGCGAUUUAAAAGCAGAACUUGAGCGCAAAAAGCAGCGUUUGGCUCAGAUAAGAGAAGAAAAGAAACGGAAGGAGGAAGAAAGGAAGAAGAAAGAGGCUGAUCUACAGCAAAAGAAGGAGCCAGCUCAGGAAGAUUCUGACCUAGACCGCAAAAGAAGAGAGACAGAAGCUUUGUUACAGAGCAUUGGUAUAUCCCCAGAACCACCUCUAGUGCAGUCGCUGCAUGUGUUAACAUGGGAUACCUGUUAUUUUCAUUAUUUAGUCCCAACCCCUAUGUCUCCCUCUUCGAAAUCAGUGAGCACACCCAGUGACGCAGGCAGCCAGGACUCGGGAGAUCUGGGACCCAUAGGAAGGACCUUGCAAUGGGACACAGACCCCUCAGUGCUGCAGCUCCAGUCUGACUCUGAACUUGGACGCAGACUGCACAAACUAGGGGUGUCAAAGAUUACCCAGGUUGAUUUCUUACCUCGGGAGGUGGUAUCGUACUCCAAGGAGACACAGACACCUCUUGCCACACAUCAAUCUGAAGAGGAUGAAGAUGAUGAAGAGAUGGUGGAGCCAAAAGCACAGAAUGACUUGGAGAUGGAAAAUCAAGACCAGAAGCAGGAAGUGAAAGAAGCUCCUCCUAGAGAACUGACAGAAGAAGAAAAACAGCAAGUUCUCCAUUCAGAAGAAUUCCUGAUAUUUUUUGACCGGACAAUACGUGUAAUUGAGCGAGCUUUGGCUGAAGAUUCAGACAUCUUCUUUGACUACAGUGGCAGAGAUGUAGAAGAGAAAGAUGGAGACGUUCAAGCAGGAGCCAACCUUUCCUUUAACCGUCAGUUUUAUGAUGAGCACUGGUCAAAGCAUCGUGUCGUCACCUGUAUGGAUUGGUCUCUUCAGUACCCUGAGUUGAUGGUUGCAUCUUAUAACAAUAAUGAAGAUGCUCCACAUGAGCCUGAUGGGGUAGCCUUGGUAUGGAACAUGAAGUUCAAGAAAACCACACCGGAAUAUGUUUUCCAUUGUCAGUCCUCCGUGAUGUCUGUCUGUUUUGCCCGCUUUCACCCAAACCUGGUCGUUGGUGGAACAUACUCUGGCCAAAUUGUCUUGUGGGAUAAUCGCAGUCACAGGCGCACGCCGGUUCAGAGAACUCCCUUAUCUGCUGCUGCUCACACGCAUCCUGUGUAUUGUGUGAAUGUAGUUGGAACACAGAAUGCGCACAAUCUCAUUACUGUCUCUACGGAUGGCAAAAUGUGCUCCUGGAGCCUGGACAUGCUCUCAACUCCACAGGAGAGCAUGGAGCUGGUGUACAAUAAGUCCAAACCAGUGGCGGUUACAGGAAUGGCUUUCCCAACCGGAGAUGUCAAUAACUUUGUCGUUGGCAGUGAAGAGGGAACAGUCUACACAGCCUGUCGCCAUGGAAGUAAAGCUGGCAUUGGUGAAAUUUUUGAAGGCCACCAAGGACCCGUCACAGGAAUCAAUUGUCACAUGGCAGUGGGUCCAAUUGACUUUUCCCAUCUCUUUGUCACAUCAUCAUUUGACUGGACAGUCAAGUUGUGGACCACAAAGCACAACAAGCCGCUCUACUCCUUUGAAGACAAUGCCGACUAUGUCUACGAUGUCAUGUGGUCGCCAGUGCAUCCCGCGCUCUUCGCCUGCGUGGACGGGAUGGGGCGCCUGGAUCUGUGGAACCUGAAUAACGACGUAAAUGUUCCCACAGCCAGCGUCACCAUAGAAGGAGCUUCUGCCCUCAACCGUGUCCGCUGGGCCCAGGCUGGGAAGGAGGUAGCAGUUGGUGAUUCAGAAGGCCGCAUAUGGAUCUAUGAUGUUGGAGAGCUGGCUGUUCCGCACAACGAUGAAUGGACCCGCUUCGCUCGGACCCUGGUGGAAAUCCGCGCCAACCGAGCAGACAGCGAAGAGGAAGGGGCGGUGGAGCUAUCGGCCUAG